GCCGACACUAUACACAUCCCCGUCUCAUUCGCUAAUCCUUGGCGAUCUACACUCACCUCCAUAGCAGCUCCACACAAUAAAUACAUAGCAUCCCCAGAUAAAUUGGCAGUCACAACCAGGAACCAGGAUUUGAUUUGGAAUCACGGAGAUAGGAGAGCGUAGGACGAAACAUGCAGAAUUCUUUGCUGGCAAUGCGGAUUCGAAUCGUGUAUAAAGCACCAUGUCCAUCGCACGAAUCUUGAAAAUCCAAGCAGGUCAAUUCCAUCACCCUUACUCCUUACUUCUCCCGUCCACACAUCUUCAUCAUGUACUUCACCACCGCCGCAGCGACCACCCUCCUCACCCUCAUCCCCACCGCCCUCUCCCACGGCCUCAUCACCUCUCCUCCCUCACGCCCCACAGGCCCCGAACUAACCUCCCUCUGCGGCCCCGCCAUAACCCGCACCAUAAACGGCGACAACACCUCUCACGUCGAAGGCCUCCCCGAGCUCCUCCUGCCACCUUACUCUGCCUCUUCCUGCAACCUCUGGCUCUGCAAAGGCCUCCAAUUCGCCGACAACCCGUCCAACAACACGCAGGUAUGGAGCGCAGGCCAGGUCGUGCCCAUGAAAGUCUGGAUCCGUAUUCCGCAUGAGGGCUCGGCGAACGUGAGUAUUGUGGAUACGAAGAAGAAUGAGGUUGUGGGCGAGAUGUUGAAGGUGUGGGAGGAGGGAUAUGCACCGGGGAAGAGUGAGGCUGAUGUGCCAGCGGGGCAGAAGGAGUUUAGUGUUAAGGUUCCCGAGGGGUUGGAGGAGAGGUGUGCUAGUGCUGGGGACUGUGUUUUGCAGUGGUGGUGGUAUGGUGUGGCGGCUAAGCAGACAUACGAGUCUUGUGUUGACUUCAGGAUUGCAAAGACGAGUGCGAAGAGGGAUUCUUUCGGCCGCGCAUUCAAGGGAUGAUGUUGAGGGCCUGUGCGCAGUGUCUUGUGGUUGAGGUUGUGUGAAGGUUUAGGAAUUUAGAUUUAGAAAUUGACGAUUUUUUCAAUUGCG